AUGGUAGUUGGGAAGGGUGCUAAAAGGGGUGCUGUGGAUUCGUCGGGGAAUGCCGACAAUUCAAGUAUAUCGAGUAAAUUACCAGCGAAAUUGAUGGAUGUGAAAUUGAAUUCAAGGCCAAGAAGGUUUAGUUUGAUUUAUUCCAGUGAUGAAUCGUCCUUGUCGAAUGUAUCGGAAGGUGAUGAACAGCGAAAGCGGAUAUAUAAGAACGGAAAACGACCGGUUGGUAGAGGGAAAAGUGGUCGACUGAUACAAGAUACCGCAGCAGAUUCAAACAACGAUUCGGAACGUACUGAUUCUUCUAGUUACGUGAAGAGCCAUGAUACGAAUGGGGACGAUGAUGAUGAAGAUGACGAUGAAUCCAGUUCUAUGAGCAGUUCAGAUGACGAUGUUGACUUCGUUCGACUUACAGCGGAGCGAAAGAAAAGGGCAUUAAAGGCGUUAAACGCCAUGAAACUGCAUAGAGAGUCGAUAAAAGCCUCGGGUAGAGUAGCAGGGAAGUACCCUGCCGGGUAUGCGGCUGUUGCAUCUUAUAGAACAAAUCGAGAGAAGACUCCGCUUGAUGAUGAUUUUCCUUCCGAUUCUUCUAAGAAUGACGACAAUGCUCUUUCCUUCAAUUUCAAAAAAGGAGAUGGAAUUCAAUUUGGAGGUAAGGGUGAUGGUUAUCUUUCUCAGGAUGAAAGUGAUGAGGAUUUGGGAGAGGAAGUUUAUGAGAAGGAAAGGAAAUCUGGCGGAAAGACUGUUGCAUCUGAAUCAACAAGCGUUGAUCAUUUGGGAGUACCCCAAAUAUCUGAAACAGAGGAAUCUGAGUACGACUUUGAUCAGGACGCAUACUUUAAGACAUUAGAGGAAGAUGCAGAAAAUGUUACUGGCAUGGAUACAGGAUUGGAGACAGGAGAUGAUGACAUGGCUAUACUGGAGGAGGAGGAACAAAACAUGAUGCAGCAACUAGAAAAUGAUGAUGACAUAUCGUUUGAUGGUAGUAUACAUGAGGAGGGUGAUGAUCCGGUGGAUAAUGAGGAAAAUGUAGAUGAGGAUGCAGCAAGGAAUAAUACAGUGAAAGAUGAUCCUGAUGGGGAUGAUGACGACUAUGAUGACGAAAUUAUGAGUGAUUUUGACAUGCCUUUUUAUGAGGAUCCCAAGUUUGCUAAUCUAUAUUACAGUGAUAAUCGAGAGCAGCCCCUUUCAUUAAGCGUAUCGCUGCCGCUCAUUCUCAAUGAUGAGAAGAGGAGGAGACAAGAAUUAAAGAAGAAAAAACUUGCUGAACGUGUGGAACGUCUUCGAAGACCGAAACUUAUUGAGAAAGAACGUUCUGCUACUCCAGAUAUAGGCUCUGACGACUACGUGUUUGGUCUCUUUUUCAAUUCGGACGGUGAAAGCAACGCUCCGGGGAAUAUUGGAAUUGAUUCUGCAAUCAGGCGAUUAAAUGCGGCUAAGAAUUUCUAUGAAAACUCAUCUGCAGAAGAGGAAUAUGAAAACAUUUUGCUCGAUAUUGCCCAUAUGCCAACCGAAGAUGAAGAUGACGAUAGCAUAGAGGUUGAUGAUGAAGAUAUUGAUAUUACUGGCGCAAGCGAUAUCGAAGAUGAUGAUGAUGUCAGCAUGUCUCAUAUUUUCAUCGAUAUAGACGAUUUAGAUCCUGACGCUUUUUACUUCCAGUACGGUUCUUCUUCUGACAGGGAAAGUAGCGGGAAAAGCAUGGAUCUUAUCAGACAUCCUUCAAAUGUUUCUGACAACAGUGUGGAGGACGUCGUCUAUAUGGACAAUGAAUCCACUGAUGAAGAUGAAACUCUCCCUCCUCAUAAUUCUAGGACAAGAAAAAUUGGUAGCAAAGCUAAAGAAGUGGUGAGUGCAAACACUGUAGGUCUAAAACCACCUCGGUUGGGUACAUGGAAGGCAGAUACCAAACCAUUCAGCAUUAUCGACGGUUUGUCGACAAAAUCAUUAUUACCGUUAAUUCAGGAACAUCAGCAACUGUUAGAAGCUCAAAACCAACAGCCUCAUAUUGUUGAAAAUAUGCCAGUGGUAUCGAAUAGCGACGUGAAAUCCGAUGGCGAGCCCAAAUUGACUAUAAACGACCUGUUGAAUAUGAGUGAACUAGAUGAUGAUGAAAGUCAAGUUCUAAACUUCGGUAAUUACGAGAAUAAACCAAAGGUACCUCUCUCAGCAUUUCGUAAUAAGGGCAUAAACGUCUAUGAGGAUGAAGAAUAUACAUUACCCAUUUUUUCGGCAAGGAAAUUUCCUAUCGGAUACGUUGGUAGUGAAAGAACGAGAAGAAAGAUAGAUAGGAUGAAAGAACUGCAACAAAAGAAACAGGAGAAACGGCGUAAAUUGCGUAAACGAAAAAAGCUUUUAAAACUGAAACGUAAACGUGCACUGGAUGAGAAGGAGAGGGCCUUAAAAGGCGAUGAAGUCGAUUCCGCAAGCUUAAUGUCUGGCAAGGUUACCUUGGGUGAUGGGGAAGUAGAUCAGAACGGCAAUCUCCCUAUCCUGGGCUCUGAUGGUCCCUUACAAGGUACACUAGCAUCGCCAAAUACUCCGAAAUCUCCCGGGAAACCAACAGAUAUGGAUGAAAUUAACCAGUUAUUAGUAGAUGACGAUGGGAUAUUAACUGCGGCAAGUCAUGGUAGUGAAUUGUACAUCACGGAUUCAAAUGAUAUUGAUAUGUUAGCUUCGCUAACUGCUCCAAUUUCAUGUGCUGAAAGCAAUGAUCCAACAAACUCAAUCACCGCAAUGAGAAGAAGACAUUCUCUAGCAGAAGCCGCUGCUGGAAACCUGAGGUUUACAAAAAGUGGGUUAUUUAGUGAAAGUGCAUUAGCUGAUUUGGAUGAAAUGAUCGGGAAUUCUAACAAUGGGCAUAUGAUAGAAUUCAGUAAAGUUCUUCAGUGA